CGGCAGCACAUGCGCGUUGGCCAUCUCUAACCUGAAACGGCCGCCAUCUUUCGGCUAGAGGGGAUAGUGGGGAUAUUGUUGUCGGUUUGUGCUUUGGGUUAUGCAAGAUGCCAGCUCCUGUUCGAUUGCGGGAGCUGAUUCGUACUAUCCGUGCUGCCAGAACACAAGCAGAAGAACGAGAAGUCAUUCAGAAAGAAUGUGCACUCAUCAGAUCAUCCUUUCGAGAGGAAGACAACACAUACCGUUGUCGAAAUGUAGCAAAACUCAUCUACAUGCAUAUGCUUGGAUACCCAGCACACUUUGGCCAGCUCGAAUGUUUAAAGCUAAUAGCAUCUCAGAGAUUCACAGACAAGCGAAUUGGUUAUCUUGGAGCUAUGCUUCUACUAGACGAGAGACAAGAUGUCCAUCUGCUGAUGACAAACUGCCUUAAGAAUGACUUGAGCCACAGCACGCAGUUUGUCCAAGGGCUGUCUCUGUGUACGCUGGGCUGCAUGGGAUCAUCAGAUAUGUGCAGAGAUCUGGCUGGAGAGGUGGAGAAACUGUUAAAAAACUCCAAUUCAUACAUCCGUAAAAAGGCUGCAUUAGCUGCUGUACAUGUUAUCAGGAAAGUACCAGAGCUGCUGGAGAUGUUUCUGCCUGCCACGAAAAAUCUACUUAAUGAUAAGAAUCACGGUGUCCUCCAUGCUGCUGUUGUCCUUGUCAUAGAAAUGUGUAAACAUAGCCCUGACACACACGCUUAUUUUCGCAAGGUCGUUCCACAGCUAGUCAAAUCCCUGAAGAAUCUGAUUAUGUCUGGUUAUUCUCCAGAGCAUGAUGUGUCUGGAAUUAGUGACCCUUUCCUUCAGGUCCAGAUUUUAAGGUUGUUGAGAAUGUUGGGGAAAAGUGACGAUGAAGCCAGCGAACAAAUGAAUGAUAUUCUCGCUCAGGUUGCAACCAACACUGAAACCAGUAAAAAUGUAGGCAAUGCUAUUUUGUAUGAAACUGUGUUAACAGUGAUGGAUAUUAAAUCUGAAAGCGGAUUGAGGGUCCUAGCUGUAAAUAUUUUGGGUAGAUUUUUAUUAAACAAUGAUAAAAAUAUUAGGUACGUUGCAUUGACGUCACUGUUGAAGAUGGUGCAGACAGACCACAAUGCGGUGCAGAGACACCGGAGUACAAUCGUGGACUGCCUUACGGAUCUUGAUGUCUCCAUUAAAAGGCGUGCAAUGGAUCUGUGCUUUGCCUUGGUUAAUGGCAGCAAUGUCCGAGGAAUGAUGAAAGAGCUGCUCUACUUCCUGGACCACUGUGACCCAGAGUUUAAGGCUGACUGUGCUUCUGGAAUAUUUCUGGCAGCAGAAAAAUAUGCACCGAACAAGAGAUGGCAUAUCGACACCAUCAUGAGAGUGCUCACCACCGCUGGUAGUUAUGUUCGAGAUGACUCAGUGCCUCUGUUGAUUCAACUCAUCAGUAAUGCAAACUCACUUCAUGCAUACAUUGUGCAGAAGCUUUAUCAGGCCAUACGGGUGGAUAUUUCGCAGCAACCCUUGGUGCAAGUGGCAGUGUGGUGCAUUGGAGAAUAUGGGGACCUUCUACUGUCGGGCGAGUUUGAGGAGGAAACACCAGUUCAGGUUACAGAAGAUGAAGUUUUGGAUGUUUUGGAGAAGAUUCUGCAGUCCAGCCUCUCGGCACUUACAACACGGGAAUAUGCACUGACUGCCAUUAUGAAGCUUAGCACACGACUGCAGAGCAGCACGGAUCGCAUCAGGAAGGCAGUUUCUACCUAUGGAAGCAGUUUAGAUGUGGAACUUCAACAACGAGCAGUGGAGUACAAUGCACUCUUCAUGAGGUUUGACCACAUGAGACCAGCCUUACUGGAGCGAAUGCCUCUCAUACAGAAGAGUGCAGCCAAUGGGCCGAUGCAUGCUGUGGUUAAUGGUGAAGAGAAGGAGGAGGGGGGCAGCUUACCAGUGCAAGAGCAGCUGUCCCAACAAGCCCAGGUUAACAAUUUGCUUGAUCUGCUUGACGACAGUAACCCAGCUCCAUCGGUGCCUCAAGAAAAUAAAGCACCUCAAACGGGUGGAGAGUUACUAGAUCUUUUGGAUGGAUUAAACCUGCCAGCUGACCUGAGGGCAUCAACUACACAGUGUGGAUCAGACCAGGCAAGGGCAGCAGGUCCAUCCCUAAGGGAUAUCAAUUCGCAGUCAUCAGGUCUAUCAGGUGCGCAACCACAAUUGGUACUCGAUGGUAUUGUUCCCCCCGGUCCACAGAAUGCUGUCAAUUUAAAGCAAGGUAUACCUUCUAUCAUUGCAUAUGAUCAAAAUGGUCUGAAAAUAGAAUUUUCUUUCGAACGGUCCAAAGCAAACCCGAAUAUGCUGUUUAUCACUCUACGAGCAUCAAAUUCAACUGAGAUGGACAUGAGCAACUUUGUUUUGCAAGCUGCCGUACCAAAGUCUUUCCAGUUGCAAUUAAUGUCUCCCAGUGGCAGCAUCAUUCCUGCUAGGAAUUCUGGAGCUGUCACACAGUUGAUGAGAGUUCUCAAUUCACAGAAGCACCCGCUAAGGAUGAGACUGAAGUUAAUGUAUAAUCACAGAGAAGCACCCAUUGAAGUUAUGGCAGAUGUCAACGAAUUCCCACCCCAAGCUUGGGAGUGAUUGAGCAUUAAGAUGGAAUCCAUGGACUAGACUUUACACUGUGGUCGCUAGCCAGAAGCUGCUGCAAUGUACAAUCAUCCCUGUGGACAAAACUGGCAUCAGACUGCCCCAGUAUUGGAGAGGAAAUUGAAUAUUUCCUAAUUACUGUAUAAGGACAUUACUUCUGUGAUGGAUCCAUUGCAUAUGAGGUGGAAUCUCAUGUCUUGAAUAAUCUGUAACUAAUGGAUCUGGUUGUAAUAAGAUGUUACCUAGCUUUGAUGAACAAAAAUCAUACCUACAUGAGUAGGUAGAAAACAAAUCAUGAGGUUAGAAUCCAGCCCAUUUGGUUUAGGUCAGAAUUCUAUUUAUUGAAAUAUUCAGACAAAGCAAAAGGAUUAUUCACAAUUUAAUGCUGUGACUUCUCCUACAAUUUAGUAUAUCCAUUUAUUUAAUUUAGUUUGAGAUCCUGUUGCACUUGUGGGCUGCUGCAUUGCUGGUUUUGUUCAGGUAGAACGGAAGCUCUGUAAAAGGGGGUCAAUCCCCUUUCCACGUUCUGAGCCCUCCCUACCUUGGUGGACUUUCCAAUGACACUGAUUUGGAAGCCUUUCACCAGUACAUUGGCCCCAAUGUGACGAUCCCACUCCACCGCAGAGAUGCUCCGUCAUCAAAUGAGGAACGGGAGGGGCAGUGGGGGAAAUAGCAGUUUUGUUUACAGUCCAGAUUUUUCUUCCGUUCUUCCUGAAGGAAGGCCUGAUGACAAUGCGCCUUUUAAACCAAUACACUAAGCUGUUAGAAAAAUGCACCAUUUCAUUUACUCAAGAUCUACAGUUCUAAUUACAAACUGUUUUGCACUGAUCUUAAAAAUAAACGGAAUUAGACACAGGCUGUUCACCAAAAUGUAACCAUUUAAAACAAAAAGUCAUUUGUGGCUUUAACCACCAGGUGAUGAGUCAUGUCACAGGUUCAGUGAUGGGUAUUCAGGGACUCAAGUUCCGGUAGUUCAAACAUCUUUUUGUGAGUGUUAUUUUUUGUUGCCCAUUUUAUUGAUUAUGUUGUAACUUGGUACAGUCCUCACAUUUUUGUAGUCUGUCUUUGUUCACUGUCCCCAGAAAAUGUGCAAAAUCUAUAAUGUUUUGCACACCAAAAAAGCCAUUCCAUCAGUACAAAACAGCGCCACCAUUUUGUUUAGACCUGAGGAGAGGUUUGUCUCACUGCAGGAGAUUGUAAAAGUUUUCCCCAAAAAAAUUAGUUAUUUUCCAUGCAAACUGUUAACCACGUCUAAAUAAAUUUGUUUUCUCGUCAUUAAGUCUAAGUUCUAGACUUGGCUGGUGGCCUGUAUUUGCAGCAUUUAUUACACUGCUUUCACCUUUGAAUAAGGUGUGUAGUUAGUAGCCUAGCUGCAGUUUGUGUAGCUCUGAGAACAAAAUUCUGUUGAUGUUUUAAGCAAAUUCUUCCUAUUGCUGCCUUUACAGGUCAGAGGCAGAUUGGGCAAGGUCGGGGGGGGGCUAAAUUGAAAUCAUUUGUCAUUGCAUUUGCUUCAUCCGAUGACACCCAGGUCACUCAUCUUUUGUCUAUAAUGUGUAACGUAUAACUUGCCCUGCCGUUCUCAUCAGAUCUCGUACAGCUGCAGGUGUGGAAGGUACAGUAUGAGUUGUGAGAUUUAUGUUCCAAAUCUGCAGACGGAAAGUGCUGCCACAGUCAUUUGCUCCAGCGUUAGAGAUAUGAAGGUGUGCCACCAUAAGCAUUUAUAUACCCAACUUCAGUAGUUUGAAAUGUUUUCCAGUAUUUUGAUUUAUUUGGUGGCUGGUGUGUGUUUGUAGGGUUCUGUAAUGCCACCGAUGGGUUCUCCUGCUACCGUAAGUCUGUUUAGUCUGUCUGUCUUGCUGCUGAAGCUGUGUUGUCAUCAUGCAGUAAAAAGCAGAUUGACAACUUCUACUCGAAUGAACCAUUGCCACAUCAACAUGGUACAAUGUAUGGGUUUCAAACCCAAUAGUGAUGGUCAUAAAUGCCAUGCUGGUGGUCACAUCUUUGUCUACACUGAAACUUUAUGGCAGGUUCUGUUUUCCAGGUUGCAAGCAAAAAAAAAAGAAACCAGACAAAUGCUUCUCAUAUGCUGAUAAAAGUUGAUGAGCACUGCUCAAGAGUUCUGCAUAUGCCCAGAGAUGCAUGAGUGGCAAGGAUCACAUUGCCUAAAUGUUGAUGUUAGUGGAAGUGAUCCAAGCUAUCCAGGCAUCGUAUGCAGCCAAACAGCUACACAAUCAGCACAGGGCAGAAGGUCCUCUCACUAGGCCAUUGAGUUCACUGGAAAGCUCUUUCUCCAGCACCACAUUUUUCUGUGGGGGAAAAAAAGUCAUGUUUACAGUUUAAUUUUCUUUACAUUUUGAAAGUGUUCAAAUGAGCAUUUUUUUGUUUACUUUGUUCUAUGAAUGUUGUACAAAAGAGUGGUGCAGACCUAAAUGUAGAUCAUAAACUUUGUAUGCAAUAAUAAAAGAUAAAUUAACCAUG